CACCUGUGCGGCCCAGCACCCACCUCUCCAGGGCGUGCAGGGGCAGAGCCCACCGGGAGACACCACAGAGCCUGGCCAGCACCAUCCCUCACAGAGUCCGGAGGGAGCCAGGUGAGAGCCUCCGAAGGCAGCAGGGACAUGUUCCAGUAAAUGAAGACUGCAGCGCACGCCUUGAGCCCCAACUCCCAGCCAGAGACACGACAUCAGACCAGAAAGAAUGAGGAGGCAGCUCUGGGCUCACCGAUGCCCAGGGCGGCGAGGGAGGGCGAGAGGAAGGGCCCCCCCUCCAUCCUGAGACGAAGCCGGCAGGAGCGCCGCGGCCGUGGGGCCGAGCCGCGGAGGACCAUGAGGCACGUGCGAUUCCGCGAGCCCCUGGAGGUGGCCGUCCACUACAUCGCCUGCAGGGAGCCCACCGCCACCGCCAAGGCCGCGGGCCAGCCCAGGCCCCGCCGCGACUCCCUGCUCCUGCGGCUGACGGCGUGCGUCCUGCUGGCGCUGGUGCUGGGCCUGUGCUGCAGCCAGGCCGAGCCCGUGGCGCUGGCCCUGGAGGCCCUCCGGGCCCGGCUCCUGGUCCUCCUGCUGCGCCUGCGGCUCGCGGCCCUGGCCUGCGGGCGCUGCCUCCUGCGGCUCUGA